UUUAAAACGCAAAUCGUAACUUUAUAAAACGCUAGAAAACCGGUUUUCUAAAACAAAGACGUAAAAAUGGCAACAACAAGGUUUUCGCUGAGCCGACUCGGUGGUAUUAGUAGCUCAAUGUUUUCAACUCGUGGUGGAUCAACCGCUACUCGCUAUUUCAGCGACGGCAAGGGCCGUGUUCUUAGCGAGGAGGAACGCGCUGCUGAAAACGUCUAUAUUCAGAGAAUGGAGAGGGAGAAGCUGGAGAAGCUGAAGCAGAAGGCUGAGAAAGAGAAGGCUGAGAAAUACAAAGAGAGCACCCAGAAGAAACCUAAAGAGAGCCACAAGGGUUAAGACCGUCUUCUAGAUGACGACGAACAUGCUACUUUACCCGAAAUAAAGAUGUGACUGUUUAAAUGUUGUGAGAUAUGGUGGCUGUAUUUUGUAUAUAGUGUUGAUGUUGAAAAUGUGUGGUUCACUGCAGUAAGGGAUAAGUGUGUUGAUGUGUACGGUUUAACUGUUAAAAUGUUCCUUUUUGCAUCUUGAAAUAAUAUCCACUUUCCCCGCCA